AUGAACGAGAAGGGCGAGAAGAUAUUCCCCAACCACAAGGGCCACCCGGAGCAUGAAGUAGAGCUCAAGAGCUCAUGGAUGCUCAUUUCCAAGACACACUUGUAUCUCGGCGCUGUGCUGGUGUUCCUCGUCGGCAUGCUUUCGGGCGGCGGCUACUACUACCGCACAUCGAUGAACCUCGCCGAGAGCCUCGGCGCCACCGCCGUAGCACAGUCGUCCAACAACCACCCUACCGUACUCGUGACCGGCGGCCUCGGCUUCAUCGGCAGUCACGUCGUUGAGGACUUGAUCGCCAACGACUUCAACGUGGUUGUGUAUGACGACAUGAGCAACGGCAAAAACUUUAACAAGGACGUCUCGGCCGUGCUGGUCAAGGACAUUACCGUGGUGAACGACUUCUCGUACAUCGUCCACAAGAUCGACUACAUCGUGCAUCUGGCUGCUGCCAUUUCCGUCGAGGAGAGCACGCGUUUACCUGAGAAGUACCAGCGCAUUAAUGUUGAGGGAUCACGCAAGGUGCUUGACUGGGCUGUCAAGAACGGUGUUAAGCGUGUGGUCGCUGCCUCUUCAGGCGCUACCUACGGCACCCCAAAGGUGGAGGAUCUUCCGCUCCGCGAAGAAUCUGCGACUGGCGGAAUUUGCGCGUAUGCGACGACCAAGUUCGAGAUGGAGCAACUUAUGGCUCAAUUCCACGAGCAGUUCCGCCUCAAGUCGACAGCACUGCGUUUCUUCAAUGUGUACGGCCCCCGUCAAGACCCCCACUCGUCGUACAGCGGUGUCGUCUCGUGGUUCAUGGAGCAGGCCAAGAUUAACGGAACACUGAAGGUGACUGGUGACGGCGAGCAGUACCGUGACUUCGUGUACGUUAAAGAUGUGGCGCGUGCCAUUCGCACAGCGAUGCUCCUGGGAGACGACGAGUUCGACGUGUUCAACGUGUGCACUGGCAUCAAAUCCACUAUCAAGUCGGUAGCGCAGCGAAUUGUCGAGAAGUUCGGAUCUUCGGCUGCAAUUGUGAACGUUCCGUUCCGCUCCGGUGACGUGAAGGAGUCGGUGUGUUCACCCGUGAAGGCAACCAACAAACUGGGCUUCACAGCAUCAUACGACUUCUCCGAUGGAAUUGGUGAGACGCGCGAUUGGUUCCUGUCGCUCUAG